AUGAAGUUGAUCUUAGUUAUCUUUGGCAUUUUAGUAAACAUGAGUAAAUAACUUAUAUUAUAUUACUAGAUGCACUUAAAGUUUAUCAAGAAUUAAGUGAUUUAUCACUUAUUCAAUCAUCUAAUAUAAUGAAAUGUUCAAUACUCAAUAAAAUUGACUAUUAUUAUCUUAGUCAAUCAUAACCAAGUGUCAAUUACUAAAUGAGAAUUAGUGAAUCUCAUUAUGCUGUUGACAUUUUUGUUGAUUUUUAUUUAAUAGGUGAAUUCAUCGAUAAACCUAUAAAUAUUUUACUAGACAACAUCCUGAUUGAUUAAUACUCAGUAAAGAAUGAUAAUUCAGUACCUUUUUGUGAUAUGUAAAUAUUUUUAAUAGUUCUUUUUAAAUAGUUAACCAACUUAGGUUAGUACUUAUUUCAAAACUUACAUACAUUAUUAACAAGACUUAAACUUAGCAUUCUAACUUGAGAAUUCAAAUGGUUUUUCAUUAGGUAUUAGAAACAUUCAAAUAAUACCUAAAUUAUGCCAUGAAUCAUGUACAUAAUGUGUGGGACCUUAAAAAGACUAAUGUAGAUCUUGUUAUAUAGGAGCAUAACUAAGUAAAAAAACAAAUGAAUGUAAAUGUCCUUCUAUUACACCUUAUUUAAGUGUAUAACAAAAUCAAUGUUUAAAGAAAUGUGAAGUGAGUGAAUAUUUUAAUUAGAAUCUUGAUAUGUGUAUCUAUGAUGAUAGUAUUUAAAUAAUAUAUUAUUAGAAAUUGAAUAAGUUUCAUAAUACUUUUGGAAUAAUUAUGAUUUCACUGGAUGGUCAAUGAUAGAAAAUGGAAAAACUUAAUCAUUAUUAAAUAAAUUCUAUAUGAAUAUAAAUGGAAAAAUUGUUGGAUAAUUCUUUGUGAGUUAAUCCAUUAAUUAUAAAUUUAAUAAUGCUUUUUAUUAUCAAUCAUUAAGAAUAAGAGCAGAUAUUUACAUAUUUAAAUCUUAAUUGCAGCCUUAAAUUUAUGUUCAAGUAGACAAGAUACAGAAACUUGUAACUCCAUUACAUUAUUAUAAUGAGACAGAAUCAUACGGAUACAUUAUAUAUCAUAUUGAUUAUAUAAUUGAUGCUUUACCUAUUUCUAAUAUUACUAUAAGUGUUAAUAGUGAUGAAAACCUUUAAUGGGGAAUAAAUUAAAUUAUAAUCAAUACAAUAAAUUGUUAAGCUAAUUGUAAUUCUUGUAAAAGCAAACUCAUUUGUAAUAUAUGCAAAGCUGGAUAUUAUAUAUAUCAAGGAAGUUGUGUUACUUCAUGUCCAAAAUAUUCUACAUUAGUGGAUUCAGUUUGUAAGGAUAUUACAGAAUAAUAUCCAUUAACUACUUAUUUAUUAAGAGCCUUUGAUGAUAAUAUUAUUACUAAUUUUAUUGUCAAAAAUACAAGAAGCAUCAACUCUUUUUAUUAAAAUCAAUUUGGAACUUUUUAUGAUGGUAUUAGAUAUUUUGGUGGAUUAAAGGAUAAGGGUAAUUAAUAUUUUUAAAAGUUAUUUAAUAAUUUACCACCUCAUUAUAAAAUUCUUUUAGAAUUGAAUGUGAUGACUUUUGAAUUUACUCAAUUAAAUUCUUCUUCUAAUAGUGUUACCAUUUCUAUUGAUAAUUAAUUAGCAACUAGAAUCAAUUCUUGGUAAGAUCAAAUUCAAAUGAUUAAAAUAGAACAAGCUCAUAUAAAAUAGAACUUAAGUCUUGUAAUGAUGUCUGUUUCAUAAGUUGAUACUUAUUUCAGUUUUGGAAUCUCAAAUCUAAAUAUUAUGAUCUAAAGAUGUCAACCUUUAUGCAAAACUUGUAUUGGUCCUAAUUAGAAUGAUUGUACUGAAUGGAUAAUUGAAUAGAAUUCAUAGAAUCAAAAUUGUAAUAAUGGUUAUAUAUUUGACAUCGAAUAAUAAAAAUGUUUAUUAUGUCCUAUGGGUUGUCAGAAAUGUUUAGAUUAAGUAACAUGUUUGAAAUGUGAAGAUACAUUUACAUAAUAAGGAAGCAGUUGUUAUUGUUUGAAUGGAUAUAUAGAUGAAUUUACAUUAGAUUGUAUAGGUAUGUUAUUUAUUAUAUCUUAUUAGCAAAUAUAACUAAUCCUUUAUGA